UCGAUUCCAAUAUCUCUUCUUGAUAUCAUUCCCUUUGUUUAAUUAUCAAACUCCAGCAAUUCUCGGGUUUGGAACUGGUUGUAUAAUGAGGACCAACUUCUACAAACCCCCGUCAACCGGAAUGACUCCUCCUGCUUCCCCAGUUCAUCAUACCUGGACCAACUCCUACAAGCCCCCGUCUCCUACAGGGAUGACUCCUCCUGCUUCGCCACUUCAUCCUACCUUUUCCGAGUCAUUAAUGGAAGAAAAUAUUGAAGUUGCCGAAUUUAUCAUCACUAAAUGGAACUCCCAUUCCAACAAGGACUCCUCCUACCGUAACAUUGCUUCUCUUUUCAACAACAACAAUAGGGAAGAAGCAAAGCAAUAUUUGAGUUCCGUUAAGGGCUUGCAAAAGGCUAUGAAGUACUUGGUUUUACACCAAUCGAGUUCAGAAAAACUUGUACGAGCUCAAACACUGAUGCAAACCGCCAUGAAACGGCUCGAAAAGGAGUUUUACCAGAUUUUGAAGUCCAACCGGGAUUACCUUGAUCCGGAAUCCGUUUCUACUCACUCAUCUACCCGACCAUCAGGUUCGAGGUCUAGCUUUUCCGACUUCGAAGAAGACGAGUGUGAAAAUGAGUCAAGGGAUGAGGAUGACUCAAUACCAGAAGUCGAAAGAGUCUCGUUAGCGGCAAUGGCGGAUUUAAGAGCUAUUGCGGAAGCCAUGAUUUCAGCUGGGUAUGCCAAAGAAUGCAUAAAAAUUUACAAAAUUAUUCGGAAAUCGAUCAUCGAUGAAGCUCUUUACCAUCUUGGAGUUGAAAGGCUGACUUUUCAGCAGAUUCAGAAGAUGGAUUGGGAAGUUUUGGAGGUUAAAAUUAAGAAUUGGUUAAAUGCUAUUAAAAUGGCGGUUAAAACGUUGUUUUUUGGUGAGAGAAUCCUCUGUGACCAAGUGUUUUCCGUUUCGGCUGCCAUCAGGGAAUCUUGUUUCGCUGAAAUUUCGAAAGAAGGAGCUUUGGCUCUGUUUGGGUUCCCAGAAAAUGUAGCGAAGUGCAAGAAAACACCCGAGAAAAUGUUCCGUAUCUUGGAUUUAUAUGAAGCGGUUUCUGAUCUUUGGCCCGAGAUUGAAUCAAUCUUCAGCUUCGAAUCAACCUCGAUCGUCCGAUCAGUCGCUGUUAACUCCUUAAUCAAGCUUUCUGACGAUGUUAGAACGAUGUUAACAGACUUCGCAACAGCGAUUCAAAAGGAUUCAUCCAAAUCGACGGUUCCUGGCGGUGGGGUCCACCCGCUCACACGUUAUGUCAUGAAUUAUAUUGCUUUCCUCGCCGACUACAGCGGGAUUCUCUCCGACAUCGUCGAAGGUUGGCCGUUAACGAUUCCAUCACCUUUACCACAGUCUUAUUACGGCAGCCUCGACAACGAGGAGAGCAUGUCAUCGCCGAUUUCAGUUCGGUUAGCAUGGCUUAUACUCGUCAUGCUAUGUAAACUCGAUGGGAAAGCCACGAUGUACAAAGACGUGGCGCUUUCUUAUUUGUUCUUAGCAAAUAAUCUCCAAUACGUCGUCGGAAAAGUUCGUCAAUCGAAUCUGAAGUUCCUUCUCGGUGACAAUUGGGUGAUGAAGCACGAACUGCAAGUGAGACAGUACGCUUCAAAUUACGAGAGGAUGGGAUGGAGCAAAGUGCUUGCGUCACUGCCGGAAAAUCCAACGGCUGAGAUUCCAGUUAACCGAGUGAAAGAUCAUUUCAGAAAAUUUAAUUCGGCUUUCGAAGAAGCUUACACGAAACAAACUUCUUGGGUCGUACCCGACCCGAAACUCCGAGAUGAUAUCAAAACCUCGUUGGUGAGACGGAUCAUUCCUAUCUACAAGGAGUUUUACGAGACAUACGGCGGAAUGCAGCUGAGGAAGGAAAUGUGGGUUGAGUCACUUGUCAGGUAUACCCCUGACGAUUUGGGAAAUUACUGGUCCGAUUUGUUUUAUGGAAGCGGAAGUUCAGUGAUCGUGUCGUCGAGUCCGAGCCGAGGUGGGCGGAGUCGUUGAACCCAUCUUUUUUCGGGCGUGGAAAGAAUCGCCGGUGUGCUCGUGUCGUUUGUGGAUAAUAUAGACAAAGAUCCGUGUAGUGAAUCCGACUGACACGUGUAUAAAGAAAAAGAUUAAUCUAAAUUUAUUAUUACUUCUUCAUAUGCGGCAUAUAAUCGCUCAUGUAAUACAAAAUUCUUUGAUUUAUUAUGUCGUAUAACACAAAAUUC